AUGCAACCCAAUAGCCCAUCAGCAGCAGAGGGAAUGGAAAGAGUAUAAUCAAAAUUAUUCCUGUGGCGCAGCUUUAAAAAUAGUUUGGUUAUAUUUUUUAAAGAAACUGGAUUACAUGGUUUAAAAUUUGUAGGCGAUGCAGCGUUAACUAUUUGGGAAAGAUGCUUUUUUCUAAUUGCGUUUGUUGCUGCUUUCAUAUUGACUUGCCAGCUGAUUUCAAAUAUUUAUGCCAAAUGGAAUAGCACGCCCGUUAUUAUAGGCAUUAGUCCACAUGCAACAUCAAUACUUAAAGUACCCUUUCCGGCUGUUACUAUAUGCAACAUGAACCAGGUGCAACGCAGCAAGGUUCAGCAUUAUAAAGUCGGCUCACACGAAUACGAGGCUUUGCAUAAUCUUUGCAACUCCGAUGAUGAAGCAAGCGAAGAAUCUGCGGAUUAUUAUACCAACAAUACAAUUAUAAUAGCCGACUUUGUUAGCACUCAUGCUCAGCCCUGUGAGCAGAUGUUUCAUUAUUGCCGCUUUGGCGCUAAAGAAUUUGAUUGUAAAACUUAUUUUCGACAAGUCAUUACCGAUGAGGGAAUCUGUUGUAUGUUCAAUGGUUUGCCACCGCAAAUAUUAUACAAAACAGACUCGCCAAGCAAUUUAAACUUAAGCGUGGGUGUGGGCUUUGUGCCUGUGGCAUGGAAUCCGGAGACAGGUUAUCCUAAGGAUUUGCCUAAAUUGUUUUACCCUACGACAGCUGUUGGUACUGGCAUUACAAUGGGCUUUACUGUAGUUUUGGAUGCGCAGCUUAAUGAAUAUUAUUGCUCAUCGACAAAUGGACCUGGAUUUAAAUUAUUAUUUCACAAUGCGAUUUCAACGCCCAAUUUAAAAGAGGACGGCAUAAUGUUAGGCAUUGGCUACGAAACUAAUUUUCGACUUGAGUUUAGCAUCUCUGAGUCGCAUCCGAACAUAAGAUCGAUCAAGCGCAUCGAUCGCCAGUGCGUCUUUAACAAAGAGAAGGUUUUGCUCUACCAUAAGGACUACACGCAAAAGAGCUGUGAGGAUGAGUGCCGUGCAAAGUUUCUAUAUAAUUUGUGCGGCUGCAUACCACAUAAAUAUCCGCAUAUCUAUAAAUAUGCACGCGUUUGCGCUGUGAAGGAUAUUUUUUGUGAACGACGUGCUGAGCUUGAGAACUAUAAAUCUGAGGCUGACAAGUGCCGCAAGCUCUGUCUGCCAAGCUGCUUUCAUCUGACAUACGUGGCGGAUGCAUUCUACAUUCCGCUGGCUAAGCACGAUUUUCGCAUUGCUAAUGCGAAGGUGGCGCAGCUGAACAAAAGCUAUUUGCUGGAGAAUGUAGCCGUUAUGAAUCUGUAUUAUCGCGAAUCUGCAUACUACGGCACCAUGAAGAAUGUCUACUUUGGCCUAACAGAGUUUCUUUCAAAUAUUGGCGGUGUUAUGGGCUUGUUUAUGGGUUUUAGCGUUAUCUCGUUGGCGGAAGUGUUUUACUUUUUAAUGCUUAAGCCCAUUUCUGAGCUUUUAUUGUGGCAACGUGGCAGGCAGCAGCUCAGAAAUGAUCCUCAGCCUGGCAAGCAGCAAGCAACUCCUAAGAAGAAUAAGAACGAAGAGAUUUGGUAUAGCAGCGAGCUAUAUCCAAAGGGCAUUGCUAGAAAAUCAACACUUGCCAACAAGCAUUAAUACAUUGUUCUACAA